AUGACUAAAGUCAAGAGCCAGGCUCCAAGGGCCUCUACCAGAAGAAGGCACACAAACUCAAAGCUUGGAUGUCUAAACUGUAAACGGAAGAAAAUUAGAUGUAAUGAAAGCUUGCCCAUAUGUGGAAACUGCGCUAAGGGUAAGAAGGAAACAUGCUCGUAUUUGAGCUUGGACCAGCAGGAAAUCGAUCGAAUUCGCUUAACCCAUUCACUCAGAGAUAGUCAGAACAAGUUGCUUAACCUGAAUUACAGAUUGCCUACCUCUUCCAAUAAAGACUCACACAAGUUCAAAAAAGUAUCACCAGUUACUUCUGCCACAGCAUUGGAGUUCAAGUUUGAGCUUAUGAAGUUGCCGUUGAGAAUCCCUACCUUUGCAUACCCUCCACUCCAGUUCAACAAUCUAUCGAUGAACAACUUUUCCAACGAGUUCAGGGUCAUCAACGACUUCGACACCAGUGACGAUUCAGGUUCUUCUCCUCAAAGUAUCGUGGAGAACAGAAUGUUACUGGGAGGCUUUGUGCAGCCAACGUCUUUCACGAAGUUGGACUUCAAAAGCAAAGUUGUUUGGGGUUCUAGUCCGUAUAAGAACAAAUUGAGAGCUCCAUUACAGUUAGAUAUAAACAUAUUCACCGGGAUGGAAAGCGUCGCCGACCACCUCCGCAGCUUCAUAAUGUCCAUAAACAGCAAUAGCCCUCAUACUGAUGUGUUAUUUAAUACGUUUGUGUGUUUAGGACGCACGAUUAUUCUGACCUAUUUCCAGCACAUUAAACAGUAUGAUUCUCAUUACCAGUGGUUGCAAAACUAUAUUCCUUCAUUUGAAUUACGUUGUCUUGAAUCGCACGCAUUGGCUCUUGCAAAGUUGAGAAGGGCCAUUAGCCAUUUUCAUUCCAUUGAGGCAACGAAGGAAAAUGCUGAAGAAAUAGAGUACUACACUACAAUGCUCGGCUACUGUUACAGCUACUUGACAGCUGUUACUUUCAUGUUCAAAUUUGAAAGCGAUAGAUACUUUAAUUCUUCAAGGGGAGCGUUCACAGUCUUUCAGAUAUAUUUCAAAUUUACAAAUGACCAUAACUUAGAACCCAGUCCAUUAUUCAAAUUCCUUCUCAAAAAUAUCCGUAUUAACAUAUUGAGUGUGAACAUCCCGUCAUACAACCCGCAUUUCUUUUACGAACUUAACGACAAUUUCAAACUGUUGGGAUUCAUUUUCCAGAAUCAGAACAUUAAAUUCGAGGAUCCUGAAUUAUCCAAAUCUUAUGAUCGAGUGUGUUAUCGUUACAAGACACUCUUAACCUAUUUGGAGGAGGAGAUUUUGCCCCAUAUGAUUCUGAAAAGAAACGAAAAGUUUGUCUCUACUUAUCCACCGGAGGUAAUUUUUGGAGGGUUAAAAAAAUGGCUCAGCAAUUUUCCUUCAGAAACUAUAACUUUCAGACCCAUUUGCAAUUCUGAAUACCCUGAAGAGUGUGCAUUUAUUAACGAUUUGAGCACAACGUUAUACCUAUACUAUUACUCUAUCGCCUCGGCAUUAGAUUCUGUGUUCCCUGCAAGCAAGUAUUUAUUUGGUAUUUCUUUUCAAGUGCCAGUGAAUUGUCACUUUUUUGAUCGCAAUAUUACAACAAUUCAGAAAGAGAAUACAUACCAUCAGAAAUUGUUUGAUCGUCGGAUUGAUAAUUUAUUACAGAGGCAUAUAUAUUUUUCGUUGAGAUUAUUUUCUUUCUUCAGAAGGAGACAUAAUUUCUACCAAGAUCAUUUGACGUGGUCCAAUCCUUUCACAGAACAGUUGAGAGAUGACCGUUUUGCAUCGAGAUCUGUCAAGGAUUCAUUUGAGACUCCGAUCAAGAGUUUCAACACGACAUUAAUUAGACCAGAGCAUUACCCCACUAAAAGAAGCGAGCUGGAAAACUCCACAUUCACCCGAACUGACGACACAAUGGUACAGAAAAUGUACACGAGAAAUAUUGAAACUCUUGACUUCUUCAAUGAAGGCUCCAUACUACACUUUGACUACGAAACACUACUUUUGUUACAGGAUUAUAGACCAAUUAGUGAAAAUUCCGAAUCGAGUGUCCAGAUCGAUGGGAAAAUCUUGAGAGAGUAUUUUGAAGAUAAAACGAUUAUUCUCAGCAGUCUACAUUAG